GAGGAGCAGACGAGAGUGCAACAGAGUACCCUGGGAUAGGCUUCGCCUCCACAGAAGAAUCGACGCGGAGCGAACGUCACUGUUCUGUUGCAAACAGAAGGCUGUCAUUGCGCAACGCUUCCUGUUACUGCGGACGCGAUUCCCCGACACUGAAACGCCAGAUUGUCAUAUCUAAGACUGGAGCAGACAGGUUCAGCCAGGAUGCCUUUGUCUGUGACUAAGGGUGAGGGCUUCACAGUCUUCACUGUGACCUCUGACCCCGGAAGCAAUUGGCCCCUGCUCUGCCAAGUUUUCACCACCUUGUGCUGCAGUCCUGUGUGCGCGGUGUCCGGAAGACUCCGGAAGCUCAUGGCUGGCCCCCAGUCGGCUUUAGCAACGGUGCAGAUCAUGAUGGGACUGCUUACCUUGGGCCUGGGAGCAGUGCUUUUGAGCGUCUACUUUGGCCCGUAUUACAUGAGGAAUAUUUGCCCCCCCUACUGGUUGGGCCCGAUUUUCAUUGUCUCUGGAAUACUUUGCCUUUUUGCGGAAAGGUUUCCGAGCCCUUGCUUGGUGUCCAUGACCGUGGCUGUGAAUCUGCUGAGCUCGGCGCUCGCGGUGGCCGCCAUCGCGCUGUACGUGUUUGACGAUGGGCCGAGGAUGGCGGACGUGUGCGUGACCUAUGACCCGUCCGACCGGUACGACUCCGAAGACGACUCCGGCGUCCGACGCAUGGCGAACCUGACGGCGGAAGCCAGGGGGCGCCGCGAGAGGAACUUCCAGCUUUGCCGCAUGUACCGCGGAGCAGCCCUGCCCAUAGUGUUUGGCCUGAAGGGGCUGCUGGUGGCCUGUGCUGCUCUUCAGCUCUGCGUCAACAUCAGCGUGGCGGUUUUGGCUAUAAAGGCCCUGAAGAAGAACAGCGAGGGAGAGGUCCCUGAGGUUCAGCAGCCACUCAUGGAGGAGGUGACAGCCAAUCACGUUGCUUAGAGGAAGCCUCGCCUUAACUACUGACACCAAUCAGUGAUCACUUUUGCCUGUGUAUCUAGAUACUGCAAAGCCUCUAUUGCUGCUUCUGUGACAAAUUCAUUAAGUGCCCCGUGGAGUAUCAAAACGAUUUUACUCAAAACUACAACAGAAUUGACAUGCAUUUCUUCUUUGGGUGUUAGGCCUAUGAUUAGAAAACAUUUUGGAUGCACACUGAAAUAAUCUUCAAUUUGACUUUCUCUGCAGACGUGAAUCUAUGCCAGAGGAGCCACGAGUAGGCUAUUUGAUAUAUAGCACUUGGUAUUUCUCUGUUUUUAUACAUUUACCUUUUUUGGAAGAUAGCUCAUGAAAAAGGCAUAGCACCAAGCCAUUUGUCUCUGGCUUUAACGAUACAAGGACGUUUGCGUAAAGAAGUCUAAUAAAACAUUUUCUGGGGAUUGUUUUGGCAUUUAAGUCUCUGCAGUAAUAUGUAUGUAGUUAUACAACUCGCAACUUUUCAAUAUAUGAAUUGAUCAGUUGUCAGAGCAGAGCUGUAGAAAGCCUGGGGGAAAACCACAUGGGGGUGGGUCUACAUAUCUAUACAUUUUAACUAAAAAACCUGCCUGUCUGCCUGAAAUUAUGGGCACUUAUAUGGAUGCAUUCAUUUCCGAUAUGUUAUACAAAUGUCUUUUUUCUGGGUUCGUGAACAAAUUAAAUCUCUUUUGCCAAAUGGGAAAAUUAGUGUGUCCUGCAAGUCUCUUACUAAUUAGACAAUGUAGUUUUUCAACCAAUAAUAAUCCCUUUUUUCUACUGAUGAAUGCCUACAUUUCUGAAUGUUGUAUGUAUAAUUAAAUAAAUCCGCUUCUACGUGAUGCAUUCUGCAGGA